CGAGUGAGACACAAGAAAAGCUUGCGCGCCACCGCCCUCCUCGGGAGAGAGGCUGGAGUGAGGCUGAGCGGAGAACCGCAUUUCAAUGAGGACCAGCUCCAGUGCAUCAGUGCACUAGCAGCGGCCGCAGCUUCCAGACGCUCUUGCUCCGCAACCCCAGCCGCGCCCAGCCAGGCGAGGACAGCUCCAGCAGCCGGCCACAGACAACCCAGCCUCCACCCGAGACCGGUUCCAUACACAAGCCAGCCAUGUCGUUCGGCAGAGAUAUGGAGUUGGAGCAUUUUGAUGAGCGGGACAAGGCGCAGAGGUACAGCAGGGGCUCCCGUGUGAACGGCCUGCCCAGCCCCACACACAGCGCCCAUUGCAGCUUCUACCGCACCCGCACACUGCAGACGCUCAGCUCCGAGAAGAAAGCCAAGAAGGUUCGAUUCUACAGAAAUGGUGACCGCUACUUCAAAGGAAUUGUGUACGCCAUCUCCCCAGACCGCUUCAGAUCCUUCGAAGCCCUGCUGGCUGAUUUGACCCGAACUCUCUCGGAUAAUGUGAAUUUGCCCCAGGGAGUGAGAACCAUCUAUACCAUCGAUGGGCUCAAGAAGAUCUCCAGCCUCGACCAGCUGGUGGAAGGUGAAAGUUACGUCUGCGGCUCCAUCGAGCCCUUUAAGAAGCUGGAGUACACCAAGAAUGUGAAUCCCAACUGGUCCGUGAACGUCAAGACCACCUCAGCCUCCCGCGCAGUGUCCUCCCUGGCCACUGCCAAGGGAGGACCCUCGGAGGUCCGGGAGAAUAAGGAUUUCAUUCGACCCAAGCUGGUCACCAUCAUCAGAAGUGGGGUGAAGCCACGCAAGGCUGUGAGAAUCCUGCUGAACAAGAAGACGGCCCAUUCCUUCGAGCAGGUUCUCACUGACAUUACCGAUGCUAUCAAGCUGGACUCGGGUGUGGUGAAGCGCCUGUACACCCUGGAUGGGAAGCAGGUGAUGUGCCUUCAGGACUUUUUUGGUGACGAUGACAUUUUUAUUGCAUGUGGACCAGAGAAGUUCCGUUACCAGGAUGAUUUCUUGCUAGAUGAAAGUGAAUGUCGAGUGGUGAAAUCAACUUCUUACACCAAAAUAGCAUCGGCGUCCCGCAGGGGCACAACAAAGAGCCCAGGACCUUCCCGGAGAAGCAAGUCCCCAGCCUCCACCAGCUCAGUUAAUGGAACCCCUGGUAGUCAGCUGUCUACUCCACGCUCGGGCAAGUCACCAAGUCCAUCACCCACCAGCCCAGGAAGCCUGCGGAAGCAGAGGAUCUCUCAGCAUGGCGGCUCCUCUACUUCACUUUCAUCCACAAAAGUCUGCAGCUCGAUGGAUGAGACCGAUGGCCCUGGGGAAGGUGAUGAGCUUGGGAGAAGGCACAGCUUGCAGAGGGGAUGGAGGAGGGAAGAGUCUGACGAAGGCUUCCAGAUUCCUGCCACAAUAACAGAGAGAUACAAAGUCGGGAGAACAAUAGGAGACGGAAAUUUUGCUGUUGUCAAGGAAUGUAUAGAGAGGUCGACUGCUCGGGAGUAUGCCCUGAAAAUUAUCAAGAAAAGUAAAUGCCGAGGCAAAGAGCACAUGAUUCAGAACGAGGUCUCCAUCUUGAGGAGAGUGAAACAUCCAAACAUCGUCCUCCUGAUCGAGGAGAUGGACGUGCCAACUGAGCUGUAUCUUGUAAUGGAGUUAGUAAAGGGUGGAGACCUUUUCGAUGCCAUCACUUCCACUAGCAAAUACACAGAGCGAGAUGCCAGCGGGAUGCUGUACAACCUGGCCAGUGCCAUCAAAUACCUGCACAGCCUGAACAUCGUCCACCGUGACAUCAAGCCAGAGAACCUGCUGGUGUAUGAGCACCAGGAUGGCAGUAAGUCACUCAAAUUGGGUGACUUUGGCCUGGCCACAAUUGUCGACGGCCCCCUCUACACAGUCUGUGGUACCCCAACAUAUGUGGCUCCAGAAAUCAUUGCAGAGACUGGAUAUGGCCUCAAGGUGGACAUCUGGGCAGCUGGCGUGAUCACUUAUAUCCUGCUGUGUGGUUUCCCUCCAUUCCGAGGAAGUGGGGAUGACCAGGAGGUGCUCUUUGACCAGAUCUUGAUGGGCCAAGUGGACUUUCCAUCUCCAUAUUGGGACAAUGUGUCAGAUUCUGCUAAGGAGCUCAUCAACAUGAUGCUGUUGGUUAAUGUGGACCAGAGAUUUUCAGCCGUGCAGGUCCUUGAGCACCCCUGGGUUAACGAUGAUGGUCUCCCAGAAAAUGAGCAUCAGCUGUCAGUAGCUGGCAAGAUCAAGAAGCAUUUCAACACAGGCCCCAAGCCGAGCAGCACAGCAGCUGGAGUUUCUGUAAUAGCAACCACCGCUCUUGAUAAGGAGAGGCAGGUUUUCCGACGAAGACGCAACCAGGAUGUGAGGAGCCGGUACAAGGCACAGCCAGCUCCACCGGAACUCAACUCGGAAUCGGAAGACUACUCCCCCAGCUCCUCUGAGACUGUUCGCUCCCCCAAUUCGCCCUUUUAAUAAGACCCUUUUACUCCAAGUCCUAGCUUAACCCUUUAAGACUCUGAGAUUCCCCCUCCCCCCAAACUUCUGUAAAACAGGUUCAUCUGAUCGAUCUAGCACUCAGUGCUGAACGGCAGAACGGAAAGUAUGUUUUGGGUACCUUUGUAGCAAGUUCCCUUUACUGAAUGAGAAGGCAUGUGGUGUUUGUGACAACAGUAAUUUGCUGCUAAUAGGGGUCCUUAAAGGGUUAAGGCUAAUUUGUGAUUUUUUUUUAACAUAGAAGUAAUGAAUGUUUUCAUCAGUCAAACUAGGAUCUGCAGUAUGUAACACAGCAUAUGCUACCCCUCUGAGUGCAUAGAAUUUUCUUGAGAAUCCCUGCUGGGGAACUUUUCAGACCCCUGAGUAUAUUCACACAUAUUUCUUGAUUUUACUGCAGACCAAGGGGCGUCAUUGAGACCCAAAAUCUCCACCCCAAGAAGAAUAUGGGGGAAUGGCACAUUGCUGAUCCUUCCCUGUGGGUUUAGAAAAUGACAGGUUUUACACUUCCCUUAUGAAGAAGGGAAGUCCCUUUUCCUAAGCAGUAAACUGGUUAGCUGCAAAGACUUCUCUGCCUUGGUGGGAGGGAAUUAGCUCUGUGGCCACCUAACCCAAGGGAUUGGCAGUGUCUCUCCCUGUCUCCAUACAAAGAUGUGCUGAUGACGCCCCUGAAAUGCUGCUUCCCCAAUGGCUGCUGCUAAUGCCAGGCAGACCCUCGGGGAACCACCUAGCCUUGGCUUGUGCUUGGUGAGUUGGGAUCUGUCUGCUCAGGAUCAGAAGAGCUCAAGAAACAACUGGUAAAAUGAGCAAUAAAUUACCAGGUGCUCUACAGGGCUGGGAAUCCAACCAGCAUGGGAAAGCAAGGCUCUGUGUUGUUUUUGUUUUUGUUUUUUGUUUUUUUUUUCUCAGCUGCUUUUACACAGGAUGGUAACCACCGGUGUGAAACCAACACAGACUGGAAAAGAUCUGGGGCAAGAGGCUAGUGCUUUGCAGAGAGGCAGAAGGAAAAGUUCAGAGGAAACACAAUUCAAAAGGUUCUAAAAUGGGAUUCAUAGAAACAAACCGACUUCAUGAGUAACUCUAGGUACCAGGAAGUCAGUACCAACAAGUCUCCCAGAAGAUACCUUGGGAGGCUGAAGCCGCCACUCCCCCUCAUGAUUUUCUUUACUUUAGCAUGGUCUCUAGUCCUCCAGGAGGGGUGUGUUGCUUUUCUGGUUUGGGCCCAAAGCCUGUGUGGGAUUGAUUUUUCACUCCUGUUACACAAUCUGUCCCCCAGGCCUGAGUUUCUUCAGGAGCCUAUUGUGCUUCAGAAUGUGGGCUUUGCUCCCUCUUCAUGACAUCCGUGCUCCAGAGGGACACAGGGGUGUGAGGGAGGCAAGACCCAGCCCAACCAAUGCCCUGACGUUUUCUCAGCGUUGACUCAGGAGAGAACGAUCUUAGACUCCAGGAUGGCUGCAAGUUCCUUGUUUGCUCGUUCUUGCAUUGAAUGUACUUGGACGUCUUGAAAGUUAUGAACAACCUUCCCAUAGUCAGGUCUUUAUUUUUGAACUCUACACUGAUCUGCAAACUGCCAUGUUUAUACAUAGUCAUGAAACUAUGUUCUGCACAUGUAUAGAUUUUUAAAUGACAGAAUCCCACAUUUCCUGCUCUUUCACAUUUAAAUAUGACAGUUAUUUAGAUUUUUUCCUUUUUGGGAGUCCAGAAACAAUACACAUAAAAAUCACAAAAUGGUAUAAAUCCAUAUAUUAUUAGAAUUGGGUGUUGGGACAGGGUACAGACCGUCAGGAAGGGCAUCGAUUUGUAGAUAGAGUUCAUAUCGGUGAAAGACUAGAACUGGUUGGAAAUCGCUGCUUCCCCUGGAACAGAAAAACAAAGUGCUUUUCUAAUCAGCAAGUAAUGGCAUCGCUGAGCCUCAGCUCCAUGUGUGUUACUAUAAAACACCCUGUGGCCAGUAGCAGAUUGCCGCUCUCCUUUCUCUGAAUUACUGCUUUCCCCAGUCAUUGACGUAUGGCCACAGCAUCCAGGACUCCUCACGGUGCAGGAGUAUGGAAUGUUUCCAUCAACAUUUUCUCAUCAUGCUGCAGAAGGGCAGCUCAGAAGAAUCCAGAGCCCAUUCAGAAGGAUGAUCACAGCGCAUCCCUAUAGAAUUUCAGUGAUCUACGCUGAAUAAAUAGUGGAAUGUAACCUGUCAAGUAGAAAUAUUGAGCAAUCAGAUGGAAUGCAGUAAUUCAGUAAUCUUGCCAGCAUUAAGCUACCAAGACCCUAGAUGUCAGAGCUGUAACUCAGAGGGCAAGCAGACAAGCAUGAGCUGAUGACACCCAGACUGCUUUGUUUUCACCCAACACAAAUACCCUCCCCUCAACAUUCUCAGAAUAGCUCCAGUUUGAAAUAAUUAAGUGGUGGUCUUCUCUGAAUUUCUAUAACCAAAUCAAUCUUAUUUUUUAUUUUGUGUAGCAUAGAAUAAACUAUGUGCCAUUAAGGCUGUGUAUCGCUGUAAUUAUCCACUGACCCAUCAUGACUGUUUCCAUCUUUUUGCGUAUUGAAUAUAACUCUUAUGGUGGUAGUCUGGUGAUGGGAAUUGCCCUUCCUUUACUAGCAAGACCAAUCUUGUGGUAUUGAAAUGAUACUUUCAGUUUGAGAGUAGCGUAGUUGAACACUCCUUCCUCACUUGCUUCCUGUAAAUCAAUUCUGUAGAUGAGACCCAUUCUAUUAAUGAAUAUAUUUCCCCAUCAACAUUAUAGAAGGAACCACUUUAUUUGUCAUGAUCAAUAAAUGUGUGAAUUGUUCCAAACCAUUAGAAGGAAAAGUUAAGGUCUUUAGUCCCUGGAAAUGUUCUGGCUGUAGUCUUCACCUAACUCACGUGUGGUGUGUAUUAACAUAAGUCAAGGGGAAAUAUGAAUAAACAUCGGAAAACACUUGAUGCUUUUGCGUUCACUGAGAUUUCCCUGUAGUCUGCUUAGCCCGCUUAUGAGUGGUGGUUAACAGGCCUGUCACACAGCACUGAGAGAGAAUAGUAUAUCUGUGAAUGGGGGCUAAAAUGGCAGUCCUUUACCCUUUGAGGCAUAUUUCAGUUGGAAAACAAAAACACAGGAAAGAAAAAUUGUCUCAGAGGGCCACAGAGCUACCGAAUCAACAGGACUCAAGCACGUUAAAUCAUGGCUGUUUGCUGGCCAAAGGCAUCGGCCAGACAACUCUAUCCCCUGUGCUGAAGUGCAGUUGUGCUGAGGGAGAAUUGUCUCCACAUUAUUGUUCUGCCUCUAGCCCUUCUCUGGGUAAAGUCCUGUCAGCAUUUCCAUGAUAAACUGGAAGGUUUUUAAUUUGACCAUAAAAAUGUGCCUCAGGCUAAAGUUUGCUAUUCAGGGCCUGUGCUAAAGAGUGAAGGGACACACCUCACCCUUCUCAACUCCCCAGGAAAAGUCAACAGCAAGAUGUCUGGUUCAUUGCCUUUAUUGUGAUUCCAGAGUCUUGGAAUGCACCAAGAUCCAAGAUGGUAAUUUUAACAUAACUAUUCAUUUGGAUAAGUUCUUUUCAAAUGCCUCACCUAACAUAUAUUAUAAAAUAAUUUUUAUUAUUUUUAACUUUUUUAAUUACAUGAUUCUCUCACUCUCUGUCUCUGUCUCUUUCCCCCUCUCUCUAUUUCUCUGUCCGCCCCUCUCCCCGCCUUUCUCCCUCUGUCCAAAGAUUUUUAAGAGCUUGAAUUCGAUCAGCUCAAAGGUCCACUUUUCCCAUGAGCUGCCUGCUACUUCCACUGGGACUUUGCAAAAAGAGUUCUCGGACCCAGGGGAGCACGGGUUUGCCUGCUGUGUGGAGAGUCAGAGACAUGCUUCUUUGGAAAUCUGGGUUUCCGGAAUCAUCAGAUUUCAUGAAGUCACUCUAGUUUGUUGGGAGAACAGCGGUCCAAAGAGCCCCCCCCCCCCACACACACACACAAUUAACACUUUUGUCAACUCAGAUUCGAAGCCAGAGUAAAAUAAUACACUUCCUACUUUCCUGUUUAAAGGCAAAUAAAUCAGAGAAACUUGAGGACAUAUGAAACAUUUGAUGACUGCAAAAGUAGUGUACACUUGGCCUGUACGGUGCUUACACAUGGAGCAGCUAAGAUCUGGGACCCUGGGGUAUCAGAUGGGAACUUGAGUUUGUAUGUAAUUACAUACAGAUGGGGGUGCUUUAAUCGGCCCUUUUGUUUUUUUAAUCAUCUCAAAUAUGCAGCCAGCCUUCCAGUAGCACUAAGGGUCAUAAACUGAUGGGAAACAGGAAAUCCAAGGUAGAGGUUUAGAAUGCCUCGGCUCUGCAUUUUUUGUUUGUUUCUGUUGCUGCCUCUAACGCGGAGGCCUCUCUGGUCAUUUUUCAGUAAGUGAGCAUCUAACUGGCAGGUGCCACGAUCAUGCCGUUUGCCCAUGGAGACAAGGGGUGUGGAUUUAUUGCUUUCUGUCAAGAAAAAGCAAUCUCUCAACCGUACCUGUAAAUUUCCUCAACAUUUUUUGAUCAAUUAAACUGAGACCCCCCCUUAAUGUUACUUUAAUGUAAAAUUGUAUAUUUUUGACUGUGACAUACUUUAUUAAUUUUAAGUAAUUAGUGCUUAAGCCUUCAGAACUGUUGGUAUUAAGAGUAGGACUUUAAAGUGGUGUUAAACAACUUAACAAUGCUAAUUCAUUCCAACUCACUUGUAGUCAGGGACAGAACCAGGAAUAGUUCUCUGAGAAGUCUCUUACUUGCCCCUGACAUUAAAUCCUCGGUGUGUUCAAAGAAUAAAUAAAGAGAAAUUGAAGCUGGUUCAAGGUUAGAGUCAUAUCCUUGACAACUUUUUAAAAAUUUUUUUAUUAGGAAAUUAAUAUUAGCCUUUUUCAUUCUGGCUGAAAGAGAAUUAUUAGAGGAUUAGUUGAGUGUGAAAUUGAAUAGUUCUUUGCCCCUGCAUACUAAAGAGGUGGGCUGGGGACUUGACACAUUUAACAAGUUUCCCUCAAGGUUUUGACUUGGAGAAAACAAAUUCAACAUUUCCUUUGGGGAGUCCGCCCUUGUCACUGGCUGCAUGGAUCGGAUGACGUAGGUUAGUGUCUGAUUUUGGAAUCCCAAUGAAAUAACUUUCAAACGAUUUGUCCCCAUGAUUAAAGGUGGAAUGGUAUCCAAUUUUCCCCCUAAUCCUUCAGUUCAAGCUCAUAAAUUGUAGGUGAAUGUGGAAUGAAAUCAUCUGUGAUCUAUUAUGUUCAUUUACCAAAUGAGCUCUUUUGAUGUUGCCUGUUUUUAUGUAAAACAUGUUCUUAAACUAAUAAAGUAAUAUCUCUUGGUGUAAAAACUA